UUUGAAGAUUGUAGAUGGCGCUGUGUGCACAGUAACCAGAAAGCGUGAUUCGCAACGAGUGAAUCGAUGUGAAUAUGAAUUAAGAAAGUGCAAAACAACCCACUAAAUUCAAUUAGACGCUAUGACAGCAACUCACAGGUUUAGUGUGCCCAGGGGCUACAAUAAGGAUCGCAUCGAACCUGCAAACGACGGAGUUUACUUCGCUCUGCCGACAGAGAGAACACACGUCGGGAUAUGGAGCUUCCAAAGUUUACACUCAGAUCCACUGAUACUAACGGGACACCGUCAACCUAUCACCUCGUUAUGUUUCGGAUUUAAUGCAAGUCCUAAACUUCUUUGCUCGGCAGCUGGUGAUUACGUGAUUGUUUGGAAUAUCCACAGUGCACGUGAGAAAUUUAUGAAGGGUGACCGCGUCACUGGUCAGAUUAUCGGGACAACACUCGGCGAGGUGCAGUUCUGUUGUUUCAACGUUGACGAUACCCUGGUUGCCGCGUGUGUUGAUAACAAAGUUUUUAUUCUCACGUCCAACUUCCAAUCUGUAAUCGCAGAACUAGAAGGACAUAAUGGCCGCAUCACUCGAGCCGAAUUUUGCCCCCAUUAUACAUCCACGCUUGUUACAAUAUCGGAUGAUCGCACGUUCAAGGUGUGGGAUACUAGGAUGUUAUCGCUUGUGUACGAAUCUGCCAUCAUCACGUCAUCCUCCCUGAUCAGCCUGGCUAUGAACUGGUCCGAUCCCCACGUUACGCUCGGCUCUUCUGACGGGAUUCUAAGAACCUAUGAUCUCACCGACGGCAACAACUUUCGUAGCUUACAUCAAGUCGAUAUCUCUAAAGCUGUGUUGAAACAACGGGAAAGAAUUGCAAUUUUGAAAAGUAAAUCAGAAGAAAAAGGCACAAUGACUGUCACAAAAAGAGGGACUUGGAAAAAACCAAAUUCGAAGGAUGUGGAGGUUGAAACUGCAACAGAGCAGGGCCAGGCUGUGCUGUGUGUGUGCUUCUCCUAUCCCCCCACCCAGAAGGAGACGACCGAAGUGGCGCCGCAGUUUGAGAAAUCAGCUGCCAAUGACCUCCUGGCGUCACAGCCUCCUGUGUUGGUUGUUGUCACCACAGGUGCUGCACUUCAGCUCAAUGCUAAAAACCUGGAGAUUUUAGACUUCACAGAUCUGCACAAUCCUCUGUCCAGUGUUGGUCCGGAAGGAGAGUCGAGGUGUAUCAAUACUGCAGAUGUUGCCGCCAUCGCUCAGAGUCCUGGCGCCGCCUCUCUGUGGGCACUCCUGGGCACCAUGUUUGAUAACGAACUAAAUGUGGUUCAUUUUGGAUUGUCUGAUUCGGGUUUGUGUAAGAAAAAUGUGGAUUUAGAUUCCUCCUUGACCUAUGUUUUAUCCGGUCUGAUGGAUCUUGAAGCUGGUGAAGACGAGCACGAUGACUCAGGUUUGUGUGUGGUAGCUGUGAAUUCUCUAUGUGAGAAAUCUCCACUGAAAUCCGAGCUGAUUCCACAGUCAAAACCCGAGACCCCCAAAUCAAAAACAGUUAAAACCCCAGGUUAUGAUAAACGGAGAAAAUCUGACCCAAUGAACCAACCUUUGACCUUUAAACCCAAGGUCAAAUCAUCCGGUUACACUCAAACUCCACGGACAACCAUGUUUAAACCAAAAAUCAAUAAACCCAUGAAAUCAGUUUUAAAAAAACCAUCGUCAGAAAAUAAAGUGUUUGAUGUAGAAUACCCCCUUGACAGUGCUCCCCCGACAGAACUUCAAGACAGGAUCAAUGUAGCCGAGAGACCUACUCCGGUCAAUAGGGUCACCUUCUCGGACGAUGGUCAUAGUGUAGCUUGUGCCCUUGCGAACAAAACAGCCUCAAUAUUCAAGUUUCCCAUUGGUCAGAAUGUGGGCCGAGUGUAUGUGGGCCACAAUAGCAGUGUCAAUUCUGUUGCCUGGAAUCACAGCGGGACCCUGGUCAUCACCUCGUCAGAUGACAAGACGGCCUCCAUCUGGACCCGAGGAUCAAGUGACCCUCUGCUGAAGUUUGACAUGAUUUCCGACAAUAUGUCCGUCAAUAAGGAGCAGGUGAAGGCAGACAAGAGCAACACGUUGUUCCCCCGGGAAGUUCGACAUGGCCAGUUCUUCUACAUGGACAGGUUUGUUCUGCUGACGUGUGGCAGCUCUCUCCACCUCUACAAGUACUACCUGGACGCAGCCCGAGACGAGAUCAAGAGAUACCUGACAAAAAGCAGGUACAAGCUAGUCCAGAGCUGGGCUACACAGAGUCAGACAAUAACCUCCAUGACCGCCAUCAACGCCUUCCACUCCCACCUCGUCAUCUGUGCAGGCUCCAACCGUGACAUCGAGGUGUUUGACCUCAACCAAGGCACCCUGGCCACAGUGAUACAGGACACUCACACCCGUCCAGCACACUCUAUUUGUCUCAACAAGGGGUCCAGCUACGCCUCCCAGCCGUCGUCCGCCUACAACAUCUUUGCAUCAGCUGCUGCUGCUGAUUGCAUCAAGCUGUGGGACAUGCGGGCCCAGCGCUGUGUGCAGAGGCUGGAGGGACAUUUGAACCAGGCCCACGCUUGUGGACUUGCCCUGAGUCCGUGUGGCAAGUACCUGGCCACGGGAUCCGAGGACAGGCUGGUGUACGUGUUUGACCUGCGGGCAGGGACCUACUGCGUCAGACUGCGAGGGAACACCGAUGUUGUCACGGACGUCACCUUCCAUCCUGCUCAGCCUACCCUGGUGUGUGGGAGUCUGGAUGGGAGGGUUAUGUCUUUUGUUCCAGUGUGAUGUCACGGCUGAGACCACCUGUCAUGCUGAAGUUAGGAUAAACUGUUACUUUGUUAUGGAAUGAAUGUUAUUCCUGCUUUGUUUUUGAUCUCACCAUGAAUGGACAUGUCGAUGUUGAGAAAUGAACUGAUAAAUAAAUUCAUGUAAGUUGA